AUGGAUAACCCAAGGGAUAUAUCUUCUUCUAGGAUUGAGGAGAUACUCAAGGUCCAUAAUGUUUUUCUGGGCUUACUCUCUGAAUACCCCCGCCCCAGCAAACCCAUAAAACCAUUUGUUGCUUUGAAGGUCAUUGAGGCAUGGAGUUGUGACUUGUGUUAUUCCUACAACCCCUUCUUUGGUACUUCAACCAGUAGGCGUGACAAUCAUUUUCGUACAAAGCAUGCCCAAAAUUUCCAGAACCGAGAGGAUCAUCAAAGUUUGGUAUACACGCAAACCUUCUGUAAUGGAUGGAGCAACAACAGCUACCAUUUUGAGGUGGAUGAGACGCUAGUUGUGGAUGUUGCAUCAGACGCCCCCUAUAUUACGAGGUCAGCAACAGCAGAAGAGCUUUGCCAAAUCAUGAAAAAUCGUUUUACAGUGGCCUCGGCUCCUCUUUCCACUGGCCAAACACUCAAGGACACGCAACCUGCCUUGUACUGGACUGGGUGGGCAGCACAUGUCUCUGAUCGCAAUCCAGAAUUCCUUCGCUUGUUAAUUGAAUAUCCAGCAGCUGCAACCAACAACUGUCAACCUGAUUUACUCAGGGAGAUUGCUGACGAAGCUAAGAAGGUUUUUCUCUCUGAACAAGAAUUGCUUGAUGGACGAUCGGGGAUCUUAAGAAAGCUACUUGUAGACACAGGCAAAGGAACAGUUGUUGAAUCAUAUGGCCAGUUACUCAGCAGAUGGGUUUGUUUUGUACUCCGGCUUUUUCAACGCCAGAACGCAGGAGACUCAGACUACGUGGUAACUUUCACUGAUCGUCAAAAGGAUGUAUGUACAUAUGCAUUGCAAUGGUGUCACAAACAUGCAAAGGCUAGAAAGCUAGGGAUUCGAUAUAUCAUCCUUCGCAUGGCUAGAAGUUUUUGGGCUCCCGAACCCUUGCAAGAGUCAUUUGCCCACCUGGAGAAAGAUCAACUGGAUGACCCAACCACCCGCUUUGGAUGCCUCUUGAAUCUGCGGCUAGAUGGGACAUUUGUAUCUCCUAGUAACAUGUUGCACAACCUUACAAUGAUUAAAUACAUUAUCAGACAAAUGCUUUUGGCCUGGUCAGUGGACCGUGCUAUUGAGCGGAGCAACAGUGGGGAUCCCGUCACUGCUCAUUUUGUACUCUCAAGUCUUGGAAAUGCCUUGGCUGAUGAUCAACUCACUCCAUUUGCUCAUAUCUGUUUAGCUACUGCUCAUGCCUCUCGUUAUGCAAGGACAACAUCUUUCCUCCCCAACGUCAUGUGGACUAGUCGUACUGCACUCUCUAUUGAUGGCUCUGCAGUAGACUUUCAUGACUACCAGAAGAUGCUCAAAGACCGCCUAGAUCGCCUUGAAGAACUGGUUCAUGGAUCAGGGGGCUUACUGAUGGAUAUACCUCUAGCUGAUAUAGGCUUUACUACGACUGAACAAACUCAUAUUCACGAUGAAUUUUCCGAGACACGUUCAGGAUAUUCCUUCCUCACGGAUCCUAAAAAUCCUUUUUCUGCAAUGCAGUUCAAUUUGAUUGAUGCCAUUUUUAAGUAUCGACCUGGACGCUUAGCACGCGGUUUGCACAAAUCCAAUGAUGAAAAAGCUUCCAUUACCUGGGAUGAAAAGUCCGUAGCCGAAUGGCUAAACAUCUAUGAUGAAUGUACUUUAGAACUUUGCACCUUGAUACAUGCUGUUGGCGGCCAGCCUGCUUGUGGUGUAGAGUCCUGUCUUCUUAAACUGGUCAAUACACCUUAUAGAGUUCGAGGGGUAUAUGCAUGGCGCCCAGGUACCCUUGUUUUUGUUCUUCUCUAUAGCAAGACCACCAGUAUGACUGGUCUUGACCGAGUUGUUGCUCACGCAGUGCCCUGGCGAGUUGGUCGUCUCUUUUUAAUCAUUAAUGCAUUGGCACGCCCAUUAGCUGGAAUCUUAGUGGAGCGUUCGAGAGGUCCCUUAGCCCGUAUUGUACAAGAGACUUCAGCCUUUCCCAUACGUGGAGUUGAAAUGACAUCUACCCAACUGUCUGAUCGUCUCCGCACUUGGUUUACUCAGGGGCUUGGAGUAUCACUGGGAAUUAGGGCCUUCCGCCAUUUUGUCAUUGCCUGUCAACGAAAACUCAUGCCAGAGGCCUUUGCCCCAAUCCAAGAAGCUAUGGCUGUGGUAGAUACCCAGUCAGGGCAUACAAGUGAUACAGGAAACGAUGUCUACGCCAUUGACGCGUCGGAAAUCCACCUACUCUCUCCAACUUCGGUGAUUAAAAGUGUUUACUGCUCACUUCGAUGGGCUCAGAUACUAUUCCCUGCUGGUGUUCUUAGCAAUACUGAAACAAGCGAGGCUGUUGCCGCAGAUGAAGUCAUAAGUUCACAUUCAUCCACUAUGCGCCCGUCAUCUAUAUCCAAAUCCGAUAUCACCCAGGCCGUUCUUGAAGCGUUACAAGACAAGGCUCUCAUUAGCCAAUUAUCUCAACAUAUUGGUCAGCACAUGGUCGAUACAAUACUAGCCACUGGGAAGUCCAUUCGAGUUUACAAUAACUCUCCGCCUGCCGCAAGGCUAGUUGAACCCAAACACCUGGUCCUCCUAAAACGAUAUCAAGGCGAUAGCAAUGCGAGCUGGCGCUCUGUGAGUCAGGGGCAAGCGCUAGUUCAUGCCCUUGCUCGUGAGCGCUCCUUGCUCGUGAUUCUUCCCACGGGGGGUGGGAAAUCAGUCCUUUUUGGCUGCCUCCCGCUUAUUGAAUCCGGCUUCACUUUGGUUCUUUUUCCAUUUGUAGCAUUGUACAAGGAUCAGCUUCAUGCCGCAGAGGAGCGUCACAACAACCUACUUCGCUCAGAUAGACAACUAGGACGUAGUUUGCGAAUGGUUGAGUGGGAACCCAGGUUACUCCUAAAUGAGAAUGUAGGGCUAGUGGCAGUCACAGUGGACACCUUUGUCCGCCCUGAAUGCCAGAUAUGGAUUGACCAAAACCGCAGAAACCUCAAUCGCAUUGUGUUUGACGAGGUCCAUGUAGCAGUUACUCAAGCAGACUUUCGACCGUGUAUGAUCUUACUCCAGGCCCUGACACGACAAGGUGUUCCUAUUCUUGGACUGUCUGCUACUAUUCCUCCAUCAAUGGAAGACAAUUUACAUGAAUCCCUGGGACGCCCAUUGUUCACUGUAGUGCGUGAGCCAACACAACGCCCUAACAUUGAGUACCACAUAGCUCGUUACUCAACUGAGGCAGAGGCUCGAAUUGCAUUCAUCAGACAGGUGAAACACUUUCAAUCUCUUCUACUCCCAGGCGAAGGUCUUUUAGUUAUAUGUCAAACCAACAAAGAAGUUAAGGACUGGGCGCGUACCUUUGGAGCCUACGGCUACUGUAGCGCUCUUAAUCAGGAUUUUAAUGAGGAAGCAACCCGAAAUCUCUUAGACUGGACUUCUGGGAGGAGCCAAAUCUUGGUUGGGACUACAGCAGUGGGCACUGGACUCAACCACAAGGCGGUGAGGGGCGUAUUUCACUGGGGACCUCCCUACGGGCCUGAUGACUUCCAGCAAGGAUCGGGGCGUGGUGGCCGUGAUGAUCUCCCUGCGGUCUCUAUUACAGUCCACUGGGAUCCUCGCUUACCAUCAAUUGGUAAUAAUUACAGGGGUAAACCCAUAAUAGAUUACAUGCUGGAUGAAGAGGAGUGCAUUCAACUCACAAUGUCCAGGUGGUUCGACGGGGAGAAUAUUGCAGUUUCGUGUUCUGGGGGAAUCAACUUCCGUGAUUGUUUCCGAUGCCGCAGCGCUCAUCUGAGGGCUACCCAUAGAGAUGGAAUUGCUCUGGCGGGUCCAGAAGAGCCACCAAGUACAAAUCAAGUUCGGGAUCCAAACCUCCUGAUUCUUCACGAGAUACCACGUGACGUAUGCACAAAUUCAAUCCACCCCCCAAGACGGAAUGCCACCUUGAUUGGACCGUCAACAAGCCAUGAAGAAGCCUCCACAAGCAUACAACUGAAAGCAACAUCUAAGCAGCCGGAAACAACUCAAUCUAUUACUAUGAUCUUGCCUCCGCUACUUGAGCCAGCGGCCCCUAUUGUAAUUCAACCCGGCAAACUGCAGAAGCACGUCAACACUCAGCAUCCACUAUCACUCGAGCAGCACCAUUUUGCCUUGAUGCACUAG